AAAGCGUGACAAACGUGGGAAUGAAAUCCUGAGCCCUCGCCGGCUAAGGGAAGCGACCUGGGAACUAAGGACAAAAAUCGGCAAGGGUUCGGAAUAGACUUAAAAACCCGAAAGAAACCGAAGACGCUCGUGAUUCAAAGAUGGCAGACGAGAAUGAAUUGGAGAGACAUCGGAUCAACGAGCUCAGGCGACGAUUUUUCCAUGAAAACGGUUCAAACCUGCAGGAUUUUCAUGAGCAAGAUGUAAAACGAGUCCGCGAUGACGAUCAUUGGUUGAGUUGCUUUCUUAAAUCUCGUAAACAGGAAGUAAAUGAUGCGUUACCAGCCUUGGUGGAAUGCGUAAAAUGGAGGAAGUCAUUUGGAGUGAAUGACCUUACAGAGAGAUCUGUUGACCGCAGAUUGCUUGAGGCUGGUUUCCUCUUUCCAUAUAAUCAGGACAAAGAUGGCAACACUCUCGUCAUCUUCACUGGAAAACUUUACAGAAAAGAUCCUCAACAACAUCCAGAAGUAAAGAGACUUCUUGUUUUUCUCUUAGAGAGGCAUGCAAAAAUGUUUCCUGGCCGAAAAAUAACGAUGAUCUUUGAUAUGCAAGAAACUGGUCUAGCACACAUGGACCUGGAAUUUGUAAGAUUUGUCAUUAGUUGUUUUAGGGAUUAUUUUCCUUGGACGUUAGCAUGGUUAUUGGUUGUGGAGUUGCCCUGGAUUUUAUCAGCUGCAUGGAAAAUAGUCAAGUCAUGGUUGAGCCCUGAAGCUGUAAAUAAAAUCAGAUUUUUAAGCAGAGUAGAACUUACAGAGUUAAUUGAUGAAAACAAACUUCUUAUCAGAUUAGGUGGAACAGAUCCAUAUGAAUAUUCAUAUCCACCCACAAAAGAAGCCCUGAACAGCCUUGGUGUUGCCUCUACGGAUAAUGUAGAAGAUGUGCAUAUUGCAAAUGGUUCCUUAAACCAAAGCAUUGAUUUUGAUGACGACAGUUGUGAGGAAACACAGUCCAGUCAACAGCUGUUACAAUCUUAUGAAGAUCGUGAAGAAGCUCCCUCAACACCGACAAAAAAGGUACUUGCCAACUGUUAAUAUUCCCCAGCCUUAUAGUAGUUACAUUUUCCUGGACUUAACACCAGGCUGGCACCUGAAGGUCAUCCAGUCUUAAACAGGGUUGCCACAGGUCAGGAAAUGGCCAGGGAAAAUUCUUCAAGGUCAGGGAAAAGCCAG